AUGAAGACUGACGGAGAGAUGAACUGUAUCAACAUCAUCCACCACCCUACGCUCCCCCACCUCAACAUCACCCACCACCCUCCCCCACCUCAACAUCAUCCACCACCCUACCUCAACAUCACCCACCACCCUCCCUCACCUCAACAUCACCCACCACCCUCCCCCACCUCAACAUCAUCCACCACCCUACCCACCUCAACAUCAUCCACCACCCUACCCCACCCCACCUCAACAUCAUCCACCACCCCCCCAUCUCAACAUCAUCCACCACCCUCCCCACCUCAACAUCAUCCACCACCCUACCAUCCCUACCUCAACAUCAUCCACCAUCCUACCCCACCUCAACAUCAUCCACCACCCUACCCCACGUCAACAUCAAUCACCACCCUCCCCCACCUCAACAUCAUCCAACACCCUCCCCACCUCAACAUCAUGCACCACCCUCCCCCACCUCAACAUCAUCCAACACCCUCCCCACCUCAACAUCAUCCACCACCCUCCCCCACCUCAACAUCAUCCAACACCCUGCCCACCUCAACAUCAUCCACCACCCUACCCUCCCCCAUCUCAACAUCAUCCACCACCCUACCCUCCCCCACCUCAACAUCAUCCACCGCCCUCCCCCAUCUCAACAUCAUCCACCACCCUACCUUCCCCCAUCUCAAGAUCAUCCACCACCCUACCCUCCCCCACCUCAACAUCAUACACCACCCUCCCCCACCUCAACAUCAUCCAUCCACCACCCUACCCUCCCCCAUCUCAACAUCAUCCAUCCACCACCGUACACUCCCCCUUCCUCAACAUCAUCCGCCACCCUACACUCCCCCACCUCAACAUCAUCCAUCCACCACCCUACGCUCCCCCACCCCUCCUGUUUCCCCACCCCUCCUCUGCCGCAUUGUUUCCCCUGAUGUCAAUACCAAGUCCAGUGGUGGGUCAUGA